CAAUUUUUCUAGUGUUAUAAUAAUUUAUAAAGUAAACUAAAUAACAAUAAAAAUGCCAGACUAUUUGGGAGAUGACCAACGCAGAGUCCGUGACGAUGAAAAUAAGGACGAGAAACCGAUCCAAGCUCUGGAUGAAGGAGAUAUCGCACUUCUGAAGACGUACGGACAGGGUCCGUAUGCUAAGCAAAUCAAACAAGUUGAAGAUGACAUCAUAGCGAUUACGAAACGUGUUAAUGAGCUCACAGGAAUUAAAGAAUCGGACACUGGACUUGCCCCACCGGCUUUGUGGGAUCUUGCCGCUGAUAAACAAACGUUACAUAGUGAACAACCAUUGCAAGUAGCUCGAUGUACGAAAAUUAUUGAUGCUGACACAGAUAACGCGAAGUAUAUCAUCAAUGUAAAGCAAUUUGCGAAGUUCGUCGUCGACCUUGGGGAUCAGGUCGCUCCGACUGAUAUAGAAGAAGGCAUGAGAGUGGGGGUAGAUAGAAAUAAAUACCAAAUUCAUAUCCCGUUACCCCCUAAAAUUGACCCCACUGUUACCAUGAUGCAGGUUGAAGAAAAACCAGAUGUAACAUAUUCGGAUGUCGGAGGCUGCAAGGAGCAAAUUCAGAAGUUACGUGAAGUAGUGGAAACUCCCUUGUUGCACCCUGAACGUUUCGUUACACUUGGAAUAGAUCCUCCGAAGGGGGUUCUUCUUUUUGGACCACCAGGAACAGGGAAAACACUCUGCGCGAGAGCAGUUGCUAAUCGUACUGAUGCCUGUUUUAUUCGUGUUAUUGGUUCCGAGUUGGUACAGAAGUAUGUCGGGGAAGGAGCCAGAAUGGUUCGUGAAUUAUUUGAAAUGGCUCGUACUAAGAAAGCAUGUUUAAUUUUCUUUGAUGAAAUUGAUGCCAUAGGUGGCGCUAGAUUCGAUGACGGGGCUGGCGGAGAUAAUGAAGUUCAACGUACAAUGCUGGAGCUUAUCAACCAAUUGGAUGGAUUUGACCCACGUGGAAAUAUCAAGGUACUAAUGGCAACGAAUCGGCCUGACACUUUAGACCCAGCGCUGAUGCGUCCAGGUAGAAUGGACAGAAAAGUAGAAUUUGGGUUGCCAGAUCUUGAAGGCAGAACCCACAUUUUUAAAAUCCAUGCUCGGAGUAUGAGUGUCGAGCGUGACAUUCGAUACGAGCUUUUGGCUCGUUUGUGCCCAAACAGCACUGGCGCUGAAAUUCGCAGCGUUUGCACUGAGGCUGGAAUGUACGCUAUUCGUGCUCGAAGAAAAGUUGCAACGGAAAAAGAUUUUCUGGAAGCUGUCAACAAAGUGAUUAAGUCGUAUGCAAAGUUCAGCUCAACACCAAGAUAUAUGACCUACAACUAACUGUGGAAUUAUGUAAUAUGGACUGCUGACUGUACUGGAUUAUACAAAACAAUUGAGCUUUUCGAAAAAAAAAAACUAUCUCUCUUUAUUUUUCACUUCACAUUGAAAAUAUUAUUAAUGGGUAAAAUUUAGCAUUGUCCAUUUUUGAAAAAAUAUUAUCUUAGUUUCUAGCGGGCCAUAUUGGGAUAGUAACGUUAAUUAACCAUUUAGGUGACAGGUAUUUUUACUUUCUGGAAGUGUGAUAUUGCCAUUAACACAUUCUUAGUCUAUCUCUAUUUCUGACGAGGCGAUAUCAUUUGAGGCCUGGGGAUUAGCUAGGUUGUGAUAGUCUGGAGGGCUGUAUAAGUAGGAAUGUUCAGAACAGUGGUUCCCAACCUUUUAUGGCUUGUGGCCCCCUUCUGUGGGCUUUUAGCACUCAUGCCCACCUGUUUAUUGUUCCAGUGGUAUUUAUAGUGUUAUUUUGAUUGGUAUAUUUCAAAUUCCAUUCUGUUUAAAUAAUUCAUGCUCAACAAAUUGAACAUACUCUGUGAAAUAAUGUUAUCAAGCAAUGAAAGAACGAGUUUUGCGGUAGAAGAAAAAGUAAAAUCAGUUAUUGGUCUAGCCUGGUGGCCCCCAUCCAACUGCCCUCUUGCCCCUUUAGUGGGCUCGUCAGGUUAAAAAAAUUAUUUGUUGAAUUGCAAGAUUAUGUUGGUAUUGAGGGCUGCUUUUCAAAAGUAGGAAUGUUGUGAUUCACAUUGUUACAUUACUAUUUUCAACAGUUAUUUAACAACAUGAGCAUGUUUUAGAUUUGGCUGGCAAUGUUAAUAUUAUUUUCACAUCAGUGAUGAUAUUCUGCAUCUGAACUGUUGAUGAAUUUCUUACAAGGCCUGUGUAACAGUUUGAUUUAGUGGAUUUCUCUAUUUCUCGAAGUUUGAAACAAUAUCCAUCAAAUUAUUUCAAUAAAAAGUUUGAGUAGUUCAAUUGAAAGUCAAAAAAUAUUUGUUUUGUUAUUUCCUAAAAACAUAUUUUUCAAGUUUCAUCUCUUUGGAUUGAAGGCUGAAGCCCUCGAUUUACUUAUAAUGUUCCGCUUGCGCCAAGUUUAACAACAGUGACGCGCUAAUACCUAUAGGCCUUGGAAUUUCAUUUUCAUUUCUGUUAUUAUUUGGUAUUUAAAAGAUGAAGGAUCUUGUUUUUACUUCUUGCAAUUUGUGCAUUUAUCAGUGGUUCCCAAAUCGCAGUCCGUGGGCUAAUUACGGCCAGCAUAACAAUUUAACAUGGCCCGCUAAACUUGAGUUAAAUAGUUCCAUACUUUAUGUUUUUACCCUUUUUGCGUUUUAAAUAUCGCAGUUUGAGCUUGUGUAUUUUCGGAAUAAUUCAGUUAUACUGGUAUCUUGGUUGUACAUACUGGUAUUGGGAUUACAUACAUGUCUCACACUUGCUCUCUCCAGGGCCACAAUAUCCUUCCGCUUCUAAUUUUGGCCUCCUGUCAAUCAACUUUGGGAACAACCACUGAUUUAUAUGUUUCAUUUAUGACAAUCCUGGAAAUUUUUCAUUUUCUGUGCAUGACCUAUUGGUGUUAUGAACUUAAGCAUGGGCCAUGUUAAAUCAAUAUGUAUUUGUAUGAAUCCAUUUGGUCACCUAUUUGAUGCUUUGUUUUGUAUUAUUAG